UCUCUUGCUCGCUUCUGCCGACCGCCGCCCGCUGCUGGAUUACAAUCUCCUCCGUGCGCCGUCUACGACGAGUGAGAACUGCUCUCUUCCGGCAGCCAUCAUCUCCGGUUCCAGAGGCAUGGAUGAAGAAGGGGCAGUCGAGAAUUUGACCCGGAAAACGGAGAAGUGGAAGAAAGCAAAGGCUAAGAAAGUUGAAAAGAAUGAAGAGAAUAGAACCAUGGGGAUAGAGGAUGCCCAGAGUAUUAGUACGAUGAAGGCAAUUGAGGAUGUUCAAAUGUCUGAGAAGCAAGACGUUGCUGAAUUGAAGGGGGAUCAUAAAAGGGACAAAAGGAAGAAGAACAAAAAUAAAGAAACUACAGAUGCUGAGGCAGAAAUCAAGAAGAAGGGUGCAAGAGAAGGUGAAUUCGCUGGUACUUAUAGUGAGGAUGGUAGUGGAGAUGCAAUGGGUAAUGUUGAAAGGAAGACGAAGAAAAGAGAGAAGAAGAAGAUUAAGGAUGAGAGAUUUGAGAGGGGUAAUACUGUACAUGUUGAGGGUAAUGAGAGUGAAAAACUGCCUGAAGGAGAAAGUAUUUCUAGAAAGAAGAGUCACAAAGAAGCUAAAAAAGAGAGGAAGAACCAGAAAGCAUUAAGAAACCGUGGAGAUGGUGAUAUUGAGAAGGAGGGAGGAAAAUAUGGGAAAGGAGAGGGAACAGGCAGUGAGCAUUGCAAAGUUAAUGAUAUGGAUCUGGUUGAAAGGAAGAAAAGGAAAAGGGAGAAAGAAAAGAGUAAGUAUGACAAGAAAAGUGAGGCUAAGCUGGAUUCUGGAACUGGGGACGAUUCAAGGAGGACGGUGGACAAUGAAAAUGACAGUGUAAAAGUGCUUGGAAUAUUCAAUGAGGGGCACGUAGCGGAUUCCUGUGUGAAGGCUGGCAUGAAAGGGAAGAAGAAAAGGGCAGGGAAAGAAUAUGAUGAAGGUAAUUCAUCUUCGCUGCAGCAGCAACACAUGCCAGAAGAUGUUGAGGGCAAUACCCUGUCAAAUAACUAUGAUGGAAGUGUCACAAAGGAACACGAAAGAAAGAAGAAGAGCAAAACUGCUGAUCAACAAUAUUCUGCAGAUAAUGACAGCAAUUGUCUUAUGUGUACUGAUGAGAGACAAAAUAAUGAAGUUGUAGAUGCCAACAAAGGAAAGAAGAAAAAGAUUGAAUUAGUUGAAAAUGGAUCUGGUGCGAUAGGAGGUAAUGAGGUGGAACAUGCCAACAAAGGAAAGAAGAAACAGACAAAAUCAGCGGAAAAUGGUCCUGAUGACAUAAGAGAUAAUGGAUUAGAAUCUGGCAACAAAAAAAAGAAGAAAAAGACCAAAUUAGUAGAAAAUGGUUCAAAUGAUCCUACACCUAACAAAAGUAAUAAGAAAGUUAGAUUUUCUGGCCAGGAUGAGGUUUUCCCUGUACCUGGUGAUUUGGAUACCAAUAGGGGGAAUUAUGAAGAAGACGAUCUUGUCAGAGGCAAGCGGUUCACGCGUGAAGAGGAUGAGAUUGUUAAAGAGGCUGUUUUUAAGUACAUAGCCGACCAUGACUUGGGGGACGAAGGUCUAGACAUGGUUUUGAACUGUAAGAAGCACCCUCAGUUGAAAGGCUGCUGGAAAGAAAUAGGGUCCGCCAUACCAUACAGACCAUAUACUGCUAUCUAUUACCGUGCCCAAGUUUUAUUUCGAAGGUCAGAGAGCCGGAAAUGGACUCAAGAAGAGUAUGAUGAGAUUCUGAAGUACCAGGAGGAGCACGGUAACCAGUGGAGGGCAUUGGCAGAUGAACUUGGGAAACAUAGAUGGCAUGUGAAGGAUACUUGGCGGAGAAUAAAAUUGACCAACAGAAAAAAAGGAAAUUGGUCUCAGGGAGAGUAUCAGGAAUUAUUUGAUCUGGUAAAUACUGACCUACAAUCAAAAGUUUUUGAAGAGAAGAGAUCCAAGCAUGGGAUGUUGCGGGACAAUAUCUGUUGGACAGCAAUCAGUGAUCAGUUGUCAACUCGACCUCAAGCAACUUGCUGUCUUAAGUGGUACAAACAGUUAACUUCACCUAUGGUAGCUGAAGGUAUAUGGGCUGACACUGAUGACUAUCGCCUGAUAAGUGCACUAUAUAGCUUAGACGCAACAUGCAUGGAAGAUGUGGAUUGGGACAAUCUUGUUGACAAUAGAUCUGGAGAGAUAUGUAGGAAACGUUGGAACCAAAUGGUUCUGCAUAUAGGUAAACAUGGAAACAAGUCAUUUGCUGAACAAGUCGAAGUAUUGGCUCAACGGUAUUGCCCACAUCUUCUUGAGGCAAGAGAGGCCUGGGACAGCAAACCAAGAGUUCCUUGAUGUAGCCAUUGCAGCUAUGGAGUCUGAAGCUUGAUAUCUCAACACAAAGCAAAAUACUUGUGAAGGUUAGGCCUCUUCAGGACUUGGCAAGAGCAAAUUCUAUACUCUUUGAACACAAAUACCUUGAUGUUGUUAUGUUUUUUACAGGUAUCUCCUGUGUAUGUUGUCUAAGAUUGCGACUGUGCUUUGUACUAAAUUUACCCUCACAUCCUUUGAAGUAUGGUUCUUAUCUUUUCAUACCA